CCCUCCCUCCUGCUAGCUGUGACUCUAUUGCAGUUCAUUCAUCCCGGCCAUUUCUCGGCCCUCUACCAGUACUGCUGCUGCUAUACAUAUCACCCAAACCAAACCAAACCAGACCGAACCCAUCCAUCGAUCGCCUGCCUUCCUUCCAGCGUAUACAUCGAUAGAGGGUCGAAGAAGAUGGCCAUGCCGCCGGCGGAGAAGGUGAUCGUGGUGGACGCCAACCCCUCCAAGAACGGGCACGGGGACAAGCUUGAUGACCUGCCUGUCGCCGAUGAAACCUCACACCAGAUUGGCGUUGGAGGAGGGCGACGACCAGGAGGACGAUCUGGCAAGCCGUGUACUUGGACUUGGUCUUGCCGCCGAAGGGCUGCUCCAGCCAUCCGAACCGGGGCUGGAUCAGCAGCACGAAGCCGAGGAGGAAGCCGGUGAGGAACCCGCCGAUGUGCGCGAAGUUGUCGACGUGGGGCAGUAUCCCCAGCGCCAGGUUGAUGGCGGCGAUGAUUAUCAGGUUCGCCAUGGCCGCCAGCUGCAGACGGUGUUUACAUUCGAAUGUCAGAAGGUGUUCGACAUGGACCGAAGCAAAUACAGUAGUAGGAGAGACGAGGGCGGAUGCGCGCGUACCCUGUUCGUGUAGAUGGUCCAGUUGGUGAUGAGCUCCGACAGCAUGGCCCCGAGGAGGCCGAAGAGCGCGCAGGAGGCGCCGACGGAGACGCCAUUCCUGAUGAAGAGCACCGAGAGCACGCUCCCGCCCAGCCCCGAGAAGAGGUAGACCAGGCCGACCUUCCCUGCACGACGCGACGAGGGCGGCGAAGCCCGGUCAAAACAAGACAAAACAAAGCAACACAGCGUCGGUCGGGUCGCCGUUCUAGACGGAGUCGUCGGUCGGGUCGGAUGCUUACAGAAUCCGAACUGCUGCUCCAGGCGGACGCCGACGAAGAUGAGGCUGAUCAUGUUGGCGCCGAGGUGGAUGAGGCCGGCGUGCAGCCAGGUGCUCGUCUCCAGCCGCCACCCCUGGCCCCCGUGGACCACAGAUUUAAUUCAGAUCCAUGGUACCAGGUGGCGUUCGUGCUGACCACCGGGGUGAACAGCGCCUACGUGCUGGGCUACUCGGGCUCGCUGAUGGUCCCGCUGGGCUGGGUGGGCGGCUCCGUGGGCCUCCUCCUGGCCGCCGCCGUGUCCAUGUACGCCAACUCGCUGCUGGGCCGCCUCCACCUCCUGGGCGGCAAGCGUCACAUCAGGUACAGGGACCUCGCCGGCCACAUCUACGGACCCAAGAUGUACAAGAUCACCUGGGCGAUGCAGUACGUCAACCUCUUCAUGAUCAACACAGGCUUCAUCAUAAUAGCAGGGCAAGCACUCAAGGCACUGUAUUUGCUGAUCAGUACCGACGGGGCUAUGAAGCUGCCCUACUGCAUCGCGGUGUCCGGGUUCGUGUGCGCGCUCUUCGCGUUCGGGAUCCCGUACCUGUCGGCCCUGAGGAUCUGGCUGGGCUUCUCCACCAUCUUCAGCCUCACCUACAUCUUUGCAGCCUGCGUGCUGUCGCUCAAGGACGGCUUCCGCUCGCCGCCUCGGGACUACAGCAUCCAAGGAGAACCGUCGAGCAGGGUGUUCACCACCAUCGGCGCGGCGGCGAGCCUGGUGUUCGCCUACAACACCGGCAUGCUGCCGGAGAUCCAGGCCACCGUGCAGGCGCCCGUGGUGAAGAACAUUGAGAAGGCGCUGUGGUUCCAGUUCACCGCCGGCUCCGUGCCCCUUUACGCCAUUAUAGUCAUCGGCUACUGGGCCUACGGCAACCAGACCACCACCUACCUGCUCAACAACGUCACUGGGCCCGUGUGGAUCAAGGCCGUUGCUAACCUCGCUGCCUUCCUCCAGACAGUCAUAGCACUACACGUAAUCGCUAAUACUUGA